CAUCGGAAUAAAUGAAGAAAACUCAAUAUCAAUGGACCGGCGGCAGGUCAAUUACUAAGAGGAUCAGUCCGAAAGAGGUGCCAACUGGAAUGAAAUCAUCUGUCUGCGUGCAGAUUCCACCCUUGAGAACUGUUGGCUCAUCGAUUUAGUAACACCUGUCUCGUUGGAUGUUGCAGAUCUGAACUUAUGAAAGCAACAGGACUGAUACGGUGGGUGAGGAGCAUGACCAGGGGUCUAGGUUAUAACAAUACAAGAGUACUGCAGUAAUGAACACUUCUCCAGGAAUGGCACCAUCAUCUCCAGUAUUGUUUUCACCCUCUCUCACUCGGAGAACCCCGAGUCCUGGAAGGAGGUCACCCUCACCUUUCAGGUCACCCUCCCCUUCCAUCAUGACUUCACCUAAACUAUGGCAGAAAGCUGCAAUAUCACGCUUGGCUGAGGAGUUCUUCUGGAUUGGGGGAAGUAUUGUUGCAUUGCCAAAAUGGAGAAUGGGCCAAAUAGUGGAGAGAUGCAUGUGCAACAUGCAAGCCGGCUCACAAAUGAUUAAACUCAGAGGAAAAUCCAAGGCUUUGGUGCGACUUUUCUACCUAGAUGAACACAAGUCCUGCAUUCGCUGGAGGCCCUCCAGAAAACAUGAGAAAGCUAAAAUCACCAUAGACUCUAUCCGUGAGGUCUGUGAGGGGAUGAAAACAGAGGUCUUCAGGCGAUUUGCCAACAAUAAUUUUGAUCCAAACUGCUGCUUCAGUAUUUAUCAUGGAGACCAUGUGGAAUCUCUCGACUUAGUUUCCACGAAUGGAGAAGAGGCGCGAAACUGGAUUACUGGCCUUAAAUACCUCAUGGCAGGCAUCAGUGACGAGGACAGUCUGGCAAAAAGGCAACGCACACGAGAUCAAUGGUUGAGGCAGACCUUUUCAGAAGCAGACAAAAAUGGCGAUGGAAAUCUGAGUAUCGGAGAGGUUCUACAGCUGCUCCACAAACUCAAUGUGAACCUUCCAAAGCAGAAAGUUAGAGAAAUGUUCCAGGAGGCUGACACUGAUGAAAACCAGGGGUCUUUGACAUUUGAAGAAUUCUGUAACUUUUACAAGAUGAUCUCGACACGCCGAGAUCUUUACUUAAUUAUGAUCACCUACAGCAACCACAAAGAGCACAUGGAUUUAAACAACCUCCUCCGGUUCUUGGAAAAUGAGCAAAAGAUGGUUAAUGUGACAAAAGAGAAUUGCAAAAUGAUAAUUAACCAGUUUGAGCCAUGUCCUGAAAACCAAACACACAUGGUGCUGGGUAUUGAUGGUUUCACCAACUAUAUGCGUAGUCCUUCAGGGGACAUCUUCAACCCUGAACACCAUCAAGUAUAUCAGGACAUGACACAGCCCCUGACAAACUAUUACAUUGCAUCUUCUCACAAUACCUACCUGACGGGUGAUCAGCUGCUUUCUCAGUCCCGAGUGGAUAUGUAUGCUUAUGUGCUUCAAGCGGGUUGUCGAUGUGUGGAAGUGGACUGCUGGGAUGGUCCUGAUGGAGAACCUAUUGUGCAUCAUGGUUACACACUUACCUCAAAAAUACUCUUUAAAGAAGUUGUUGAGACAAUCAACAAAUAUGCUUUUGCCAAAACCCAAUACCCAGUGAUUCUCUCUAUAGAGAAUCACUGUACUGUGCCUCAACAGAAGAAAAUGGCUCAAUACCUCAUGGAAGUGCUGCAGGACAAACUGGACCUGUCAAAUGUCAGUGUGAAUGAGUCUAGACAUCUGCCAUCUCCAGAGGUUUUAAAAGGGAAAGUGCUUGUCAAGGGUAAGAAGCUGCCAGCAAACAUUGAUGCUGAUGCAGAGGAGGGCGACGUGUCUGAUGAAGACAGUGCUGAAGAGGAAGAGGACGAAGAGGAGCCAAUUAAUGGAGAUACAAGAGAAGGAGCAUCAGAGACUUGUGAUGAAUCAAAGAAACACUCAAGGAGGUUGUUCAUGGGCAGCUUCAGGCGCAAGAAGAAAAAAAGUGUGAAAUUAAAAAAGAAGCCCAUCCUGAGUGACUCUGAUCCUGACCAGGAAAUCCCGAGCAGUAAUGAUAAACAGGUCAUCAGCUAUGGCAAACGGAGGAAAACAAUGAGACUUUCUCGUGCCCUCUCUGAUCUGGUCAAGUACACAAAGUCAGUGCAUGUUCAUGAUAUUGAAACUCAAGCGUACAUGUGCAGCUGGCAAGUCUCCUCCUUAAACGAAAGCAUAACUAACCAGAUCUUGCAGCUAAAACCUGCCCAGUUAGUUCGCUUUAAUCAACGGCAACUUUUAAGAGUUUACCCCUCCAACUACCGUGUUGAUUCUAGCAACUUCAAUCCUCAGCCAUUUUGGAAUGCAGGAUGUCAUUUGGUCGCUCUGAACUAUCAAACAGAAGGCCGUAUGCUUCAACUGAACAGGGCGAAAUUUGCAGCCAAUGGAAACUGUGGCUAUGUGCUAAAGCCAAAAUGCAUGUGUAAAGGUGCCUUUAAUCCUAUGUUGGAAGACCCUUUACCAGGAAACAGGAAAACUCAGUUAGUGCUCAAAAUAAUCAGUGGCCAGCUGCUACCAAAGUCAAAAGACUCUAUGUUAGGAGACAGAGGAGAGAUUAUAGAUCCCUAUGUGGAGGUAGAGAUUAUUGGAUUGCCUGUCGAUUGCAAUAAACAGCAGACAAGAGUAGUGGAUGACAACGGUUUUAACCCCAUGUGGGAGGAGACACUUGUGUUUACACUACACAUGCCUCAGAUUGCCUUGGUACGCUUUAUGGUUUGGGAUCAUGAUCCAAUUGGCCGAGACUUCAUUGGACAGAGAACAAUAGCAUUUAAAAGCAUGAUGCCAGGUUAUCGACAUGUCUAUUUAGAAGGUAUGGAGGAAGCAUCUAUCUUUGUGCAUGUUGCAAUAAAUGAUAUCACAGGAAAGGUCAAAUCAAGCAAUGCGGUAAAGCAGUUAAUCCAGAAAAAGUUCAUGCAAACCUCUGAAGAUGGCACAAGGACAUCUUUUACUCCAAACUUCCUGCGGAAAGGAGGAGUUGGGAAGAGCCAAGCAAAAGUUAUGCGUGGAUCACCAGAUUCCUACACCAAAGAGGACUUUCUAAGCAGACGUUAUAGUGAUGACCUAAGCUCAAAGGACAGCAGGAGUACCUCACAGUCUGCUUCUUUUCUCAGAGGAGCUCAGAGUGAACCCCUGAGAAGAGCCCAUAAGGUGUUUUUUCAUGAGCCAGAAGGAUCUCAUGAGGGACGGCGGCGCUUGUCCUCUAUCACAUGCUCGGGUGGAGCAGGUGCGGCCAUGGACUACACUAACUUAGGGUUUGACUCAAAAGAGAGUUCAGAACUGAACAUUCAGACUUCUUCAUUUCAACCUCACCUUUCCAAUGCAGGUAACCAGGAGUUGACUGUUUCAAAACAGAACAAUUUACAUCCAACAUUUAACUCGGAAAGCAUGAUUUCUAGGUCUGCAGACCUAUUGGUACUCAAGAUGAAGGGUGCUGCUUCUACACUGAAUGACUGGCCCUUGUUGUCAAAGCAAAUCUCAGAAACUAAAGCAAUUUAUAAGGCAUCAGAUCUGGAACUUGAAACGUAUCAGCCUAUUAAUGCCAAACGGCGUCAUCUAAAAACUCAGUCUUCCAUAAGCUCAGAGCCUACAGUGCCAUGUGAAUCUUUGAGUUUCAAUCCGAUACCUGAUGGAGCACUGGAUCCCUCUAAUGGAACUUUAAACACCAAAAACGUGGUACUCAAUAACAUCUGUGGACCAUCUUUAGAUUUCAAGCUUAAGUCCCAGUUGCAGCCGUUGUCCAUCCCUGCAACCCCUGCAAUGAGUAGACGCAGCUUGAAUGACCCAAGCAGACAAUCUUCCAAGGAUUCUCCAUUUAAGGGACGCAGAUCACAAAGCGUCCCAAGACACCAUCCACCCUCUCCCCCAAACACACCAUGGAAUGGAAGAAAAGACUUCCUGAACCAAUACCCUCACCCCCUAAAGCAUGGCAGUUGCAGUUAUGUUACAUACAAACAGUCUGUUCCUAACAAUCACAACCUUGCUGAGAGUGAAUCAAGCAGUCUGAGUAGUUUGGACAGCCUUGACCUGAGUACUCUGCCAUCCCGUUUACCUGAUAAUCAGCAGCAGACAAUGGGCACACUGCAGAGGGAGAUGAAUGUGCUGUUUGAGCAGAAAAUGCAUGAGAUUCGCUGUCAUUCACCGCUGUUUUUCAGAGAUUCCUCAACAUUGUAAGAACAAAUUUACAUGAAACCCAAGAAGAAAAAAAUAUUCCUUACUGUGAAGAAAACUGACAGAUACUAUGGGGCGGGAAGGGAAAGCAAAUAGUCAGCUUCAUUUGUACUGAACUUCUUUUGUUGUACAAAUAUUGUCUUGUUUACAUGUAAAUCAUUAGCUGAUGCCAUCU